AUGUCAUCAGACACUAUGGUGACUUCUAGCAAUCAACAUACCCCCAGAAGAUGGAUGAGCACUAGAGAUAAUGAGAUCAUCAAAAGUCUUAUUGGAAUCAGUACGGACACAAGUCCGCUGAAAUCAGCAGGUGAUAUAGGGAAUUCCUUCAGUUCUCUAUUCCAAGCUAAAGCCUCCUCAACAGCUUCUCCGACACAAACGCCGCUGGGAUCUCUUCCCCUUUCCGGUUCGGAGAGAAACGGCCAAUUUGCGAGCGAUAUUGGAGAACAAGUCGUCUCGUCACAGGCUACUGACAGCCAGAUCGGGCCUAUGGUGCCUAGAUCCUCAAACUAUAUGUAUGGCUUGCUGAGCCCAACUGACAAGGGCGUGCCGACAUACGCAGUCGAGUCUGAUACUUCUGAAGACGAUGAAGUGCCUCUUGUUCGGCGGUUGACUGAUAAGGAUGGGUCAAGCGAGGAUCAUCCGAUGAACCAUAUGCCAGCACUUGACGACGAUGAUGAAUUAGAUAACCUUCCUCUGAGUCUAUCUAGGAGAUCAGAGAGACUGAGUAAGAAAGCAGAUCUUACCCCUGUAAUGGCUAAAUCAGAAAAUUGGGAUUACACCAAAUGGAAAUCUCCAUCGGGAGAAAUGCAACCAACCGCGGGAGCGUUGAUACCCCAAGGUUACAGACUCCAUGAUGACCCUCAAUUUCCAUGGGUCUGCCCAGUCCGUUCAUGUCGGACGUUAUAUGCAAAGCUAUGUGGACUUGGAUCUCACUUCAUUAUCACACAUAGGGGCUGGCUAUUCAACGAUAACGAGGAUGGUACAAUAUCCUCCGUUGGGAAGAGGGAGGGCGUUGGAUUGAGGAUGUCUCCUGCGAUAGUCUCUAGGAUGCCGCUGGACCCAAGCGAGCCUCCUAUGAUAGAACCAUCACUUCCUCAUUAUAGGAAGUUGGUGGGAGCGAAUUUUACUCAACCCGAAACCAAUCCUAGAGAAAAUGAGCCCGAUAAAGGUAUACGAUUUAGGAUAUCAUCUCCGUAUAACAUUUGUGCUCCGGCUCCUCCCAAAGGAGACACCGGUGAUACACUUUGGAGAUACAUCCAGAGCCACCUAGUACACACACCAUUGUCACCGGUACCAAAAUACUUUCGCAUACCAGAACUCCUAGAAUACUUGUACCGCAUUCGAGAUAUUGAGUUCAAUCCUCAUGCGCAAAACAAAUUCAAGGAUACAAUGGACCAAGACAUAGCAGCCAUGAUUAUUCAAGCUUGCUGCGAUCUGAAGCCAUGGUCAUUGAAGACUUAUCCCGAAUUAUCGAAUGUCGAUAUUUCCCAGAAUACACUUAAACGAAAAAUUGCUGAAUCAAAUUCACCUCGAUCAGCCGAAACCAAACCACUUCCAGAGAGGCGAUCGCUUAGGAACAUGCUGAAGAAUGAGCGCAGAAAAAAGAAAGAAAUUAUUCGCUCUAAUUCCAAUGAAUGUCCACCGCACUUACCAGCCUGCAAAAUUCAGCCCACGAAUAAACCGAAGAGAUUCAAUGUCCAUAGCAAUGGAAGUACAAGUGCUAUCGAUCCGGCCCAAAUGAUUGAACUCGAAACGUGGGAGAUUGCUCCUGGUCGUGUCCGAGAUGGAGCGAGAGAUAUCAUCGACAAUUUCGCGUUUUCAACAGCCUAUCUAGCGCAAAAUCAAUCAGUGCGCAUAUGUCGCGAAAUCUCGUUCCAAGUCAUCACUGUCAAGCCGGGCACUAUCUACAGCUGGGAGACAUGCGCGAUGUAUCUACGAUUGUGCUCAGUAGCAUCCGGCAAGCUCCAGGUCAAGAUACAUGGUCAAGAAUUCUUGAUGGGACCUAACGGAAUGGUGAUGAUCAAGCCUGGUGUAGAUUGUACUGUCAUGAAUAAGCUGUAUCUAGAUGCCGUUGUGCAUGUCACGAUAGUACCGAGUGAUUUAUGCGAAUAG